CAUUCAACAUUGAAAUUGAAACAUAACCUAAAAUACAAAUAAAGUGCCGUGUUGGAGUAAUCUUUCCCGGUGUUCCAGAUUAACUGGCGUUGUGUUAUUCUACAAUUAUGCCCUAAUCUCUAUGUUCAAAAACAUUUUAAUUAAGUUAAUUGUUACUUUCUCAAAUCUUAUGAUGGUAAUUUACCUUAGUGGAGGAAUUGAAUAGGUUUCCUCGAAGUAUUAACUUAUUGCACGUGGACUACGCUCACUAUGGUGCUGGAAUACUCUUCAUUCUCUAAUUGUGGAAAUCUUUAUGCUCAUUGUGGCACGGACGGUAAAUUAAAAUUAUGGGAUACUGGAACUGGAAAUUUUAAGCAAGAAUAUACUCCUAACCUUCAUCUAAGUUCACCCUAUACAUGUCUGAUAUGGAUUUCCUCAGAUAACGUGGGCCCUCAACAAAAGAAGCGCAAGAAACGAUCAGAUGGUCAAGGGGGUUCCCCCCUCGUAGUGUUGGGCACACAGUCUGGCUCCAUUGUAGUGUACAGUGUCGCUGAGGGAAGUAUAGUAAGUUCUUUAAACGAUGGCCACAAAUCGCCUGUGCUUUGUCUCAGUUGGGAGAAGACGGCUGACCUUUUUAGCUGUACGACUGACAAAUUUGUUCAUUGGGAUGUGACAAAUAAAACAAUGAGAAGCAAGUGGAAGAAUGGGGAGAACAUUACGGCUAUGGCGGUGACGAGGGAUGGAGAGAUGUUGAUUACAGCGGCACGGAGCAUCAAAUGUUGGAAUGUCGCCACACAGACUGUUGUCAAAUCAUUCAUUGGGCACGCCUCGCCUGUGUUCAGACUGCUUCCAGUCUCAUCAUCAACUGGCGACAAUUACUUGAUCAGUGCAGCACAAAACGAUCGGCUACUUAGUGCUUGGUGCUUGAGUGCCAGUGCAGACAGUAAUGCUGUUGGUUCGUUUCUGUUGAGUGAUCUGGCUCGCAGUGUGUCUGUCGACGUCACAGACGAAGGUUUGACCAACGUCGUCACAGUAACACAAAGUGGUGUACUUCAUUUAUUCUCACAUCAGCUCAAUGGUAAAAGUAAGAAGCCGCUGAAGCCCAAGGUGACAGUGACCAUAGCAGCAGACACAGGUCAGAGUAAGACCAAAGUUCUACCUCUGCCCGUGCUGUCAGCUCAGAUGAGGUCACAACUGAGAGCUCACAUAGUGUACGGCCAGCCACCCUUCCUGGCGUUUGAGACUAUUAAACUGGAACAUCCUACCAAUGAACUUUGCUUAGUGCGGAAAGAUCCAAAAAUUAGUUUGACUGCUCGUCAAGAAGCUGUAACAAAGGUUAGAGCACCUGAGGUAGGAAAGGACGUGCAGUAUGUGUCUGUGAAUGGUUCUCUGGGGCCGGUGAAGAGGAAGGGGAAGGAGAGUGAUGUUCCGAUGGAACAACGGCUCGAGAACCUCGCACUGAACCAACCAGCUGCUUCACCCUCCUCCCAACAGACAAAGGGCGAGAGCAUGGCACAUCUGCUGUUACAGGGUCUUCAAAGCAAGGAUAAAAAUAUCCUACAGACUGUACUGUUUGGGAGGGACGAAGCAGUUAUUGCCCAGACUGUACAAAGAUUGCCUGUACAAGUUAUCAGCCCUCUAGUCAAAGAACUGACUGUACUUCUACAAGGGAAAACUUUCACGAACCAAGUGGCGGCGACGUGGCUCAAGGCUGUGUUAGCGGCGCACGCAGGUCAGCUCUUGGCGGACCCUGAGGCAGUGGCCACGGUGGCACCACUUCUGGGCAUGGUAGAGACGAGGCGGGGUGUAGUGGCGCCUCUGAGUAGGCUGCGGGGUCGUCUGGACUUGCUGCUACAUCAGGUGUCAGUGGCUGACAGGCACACGACCGCAGCAGAAACACUGCCACUGGUUGUACUACAUGACCAAGACUCAACUGAAGAAGGCAGUGACACGUUUGGAAGUGAAGAAGAUGAGAACGAUUCAGAAGAACGUUGGGACGAGCUGUCCGAUGACGAACCUGAAGUUGUAGAGAGCGAAGAUGUUGAAAUGUCUAGUUAAACUUUAUUGUUAAGUUGUGUACAGAAAUGUAAUUACAAUAUUUUUUAAUCAUCAAUAGGGUUUAUUAUUGAGUACAAUAAAAACAUUUUAUUUCUAUCUAG